AUGUAUGUCCACCAGGAAUCUUUUCUGGACAACUUUCUACUGUCUGCAUGCUUUCAGUUGCAGUCCAGGAUCCAAUCCAAGGGCACUACCACCCAGGCCCCAGGGAGCAGUCGACUUCUUGUGGCAGCUUGGGUGAUGCAGAUCGUGCUGGGUGUCUUAAGCGGAGUCUUGGGAGGAUUCCUGUACAUCUGCGAGUUCUACCUGCUGAGCUCAGGGACUGCCAUCUGGACGGGGGCAGUGUCUGUCCUGGCUGGAGCUGCUGCCUUCCUUGAAGAGAAGCAUGGUGGUCGCUGUUGGAGCUUCCUGAGGACCCUACUUGCCCUGGCAGCUUUCUCCACAGCUGUUGCUGCUGUUAAAAUAGGGGCUGAUGGGUUCUACUGGGUCUUCUUAUAUUCUGGAGACAACAUCUGUGACACUUCUUCAACUCAGAGAGGGCCCACCGCACCACCCAGCACACUGAGCCCAGAAGAAGACCGAAGACUGCACAUAUGCCUCACCUAUGUGGUCAUGGUGGUGACCCUUCUCAGAAGCCUCCAGGCCAUGCUGUUGGGUAUCUGGGUCCUGUUGCUGGUGGCAUCUUUAGCCCCCCUGAUUCCUCUGGCCUCUGUUUGUUUGUGUUGUUGUAGAAGACCCCUGGUUGAGGAGGAAAAGAACCAGAGGGACCUGUUGAAGGUGGAAUGCAGCCCUGCUUCUGGCUGA